UGUGUUUGUGUUGUAGUUUUUUUUUUUUUUUCCUUUGUUUUUUUUCUUGUUAAUACAUUUUUAUUUUUAGUGUCCCACCACAAGGCCAUAGAUGAUGUUUCUUUUCCGCCUUUGACAUUUUUGAACCAAUUUGAGUCCUUUCCCUUCAGUCCCCCCUCAGCCAGGUGAAGGGCAGGAAAAGGUAGCUUUUUCACAUUUUUUAAAAACCUUUGGAAGUAUUGGACUGCCAGGAAUAUUCUGCGUUUUUUUUUUUUUUUUUUAAUCAUAGUGUACAGUUUUUUUGCCAAUUGCUUUUUUAUAAAGGUUCUUUUUUCCCCCCUUUGGUGUUUUACACUUACUACAUUGGUCCACAUCAUGUGUCAUUCUUAGUCCCAAUGUCCUUUGCUUUAUCCUGACCUUUUACCAUAGGUCAGCCUCACCCUCUCAGGAAGAAAGGCUAGAGUUUUAAAAUCUUCAAGCUUAAAGUUGAAUCUGUAUUGUCAUUUUUGGACCUCUGCCCAUGCAUUUCAAUAUUGUUGAUUCUGGAGGGAAAAUGCUGGCUCGGUCUUUGAAGAAUUUAUGAGCUGAUAAGAAGCUAGUUUAUAUUUGCAGUGCAAAAGAUAAGAUGGUUUCUAACCUAACCACUGUACUCCAGUAUUGUUUAUCAAGUGCCCAGUGAUGAGCUUUUGGCUUCAGCUUGCUGUCAGUACAGUUGCUGCCAGUGUGGGAUUGUUAAAGUUUAUUCAUUUUUGUCUGUAUUGGGGGGACACCCUGGGUCAGGUCGGGUCAAAUCUGGAGAUGUGGAGUUGUCCCACUGGUUACAGGCCAUCUUAUUUCGUGCUUGAGGGGGGGGAGGAGUGGGGAAGAGCAUCAUGGAGUCACAAGCUCUCCUGCUCUGUCGCUUCACCCUCCCGCGCGCCUGCUAAGGAUUGGUGGAGUGUGCGCGCUCAGAGCUGUCUUCCUGACUGUUGCCCAGUCAGUGCCCAGGCACACCACAUAAGUGCUUUUUCAUGCACACAUGCAUUCAUUUUUCAUCACAAUAUGGCUGAUGACGAAACUUCUCCCAGCUAGUUGUCUGUUAUGAUAUUCCUCAUUAUUGAAUGCAUCUUCUAACUGUGUGGGUUUAUGAGCGUUCAUUUUCGGGGGGGGGGGCUUAAAUUUGGUCCAAGUGGUGUCAGGCAGACAGCUCACAAUCUGUACUCCACCUCCUGCGUCAGAUGCUGGGUUAGAAAGACAGAAACAAGCGCAGCAACAGCGAUGACUCUUUUUAUUUCAGAGCUGUGGAGGCUUCUAGAUACAAAUAAUUAAACCACAGAUUUUUCUCCCUAUCCCAUUGGCCAGGAUUCAAGAAUGCAGGCCAGUUUUUUGAACUAUUUCAUGAAAAUGCUAAAAGAAUAAAAGAAAAGCAAUGAUUAAUACUUCUUCCCUUUUCCUUCAAAUAUGUAAUAUUCCCAAAGAAAUGGGAUCAGUUCAUUUGGGCAAGAUCAAGCCAGUAACUGCCCUCCUGUAGGUCAAUAUGAAAACUGAAUUGACUGAGAACUGGAAGCCUGACUAUCUUGCUGAUAAACUGAACGCAUCAAAGCCUUUCUUCCCUCUCAGUUACCCCCAAAGCAUUUCUUUUGUUUUCUUUGAAAUGAAACAUUUAAUUGCAUGAAAAAAACUAAGAAUAGUUUGUUUUAAUGUUUGUUGUGAUUUCGAAGAAACCAGUUUUAUUUCCAUAUUAUCAAAGAAUGUAUUGUUGGAAAACUUUUACUAACGAUCUUGUUUUCUGAUUUUGUCUCUUUUGGUUUUUCCACAACUGAUAUUGUUAUUUAGAAGGUUUCAGGUGGGUGACACUAUUCCUGCGUAGGUGCCUGGCGGAAAGGAACACUAGGGCAGCCUCAGUCCUCUCCUCUUCUUCCAGCCAGCUGCGGCCACCACUCUGACAAAGUCCAAAAAUAUGGCUUGUUACCUGAAAGCCAUCGAGACCCAGCCCAACUUUGCAGUGGCUUGGAGCAAUCUGGGCUGUGUGUUCAAUGCCCAGGGAGAGAUAUGGCUGGCUAUACACCACUUUGAAAAGGCAGUGACCCUGGACCCAAAUUUCCUUGACGCAUACAUCAACCUAGGAAAUGUCUUGAAGGAAGCUCGGAUCUUUGACAGAGCUGUUGCUGGAUACCUAAGAGCCCUGAGUCUUAGCCCGAACCAUGCAGUUGUUCAUGGAAACCUGGCCUGUGUCUACUAUGAACAAGGCCUCAUUGACCUGGCUAUUGACACCUACCGUCGUGCUAUUGAAUUGCAGCCCCACUUCCCUGAUGCCUACUGCAAUUUGGCAAAUGCCCUGAAGGAGAAAGGCAAUGUGUCUGAAGCAGAAGAGUGCUACAACACAGCCUUACGUUUGUGUCCAACCCAUGCUGACUCCCUUAACAACUUGGCCAAUAUCAAGCGUGAGCAGGGCAACAUUGAGGAGGCAGUGCAGCUGUAUAGAAAAGCACUGGAGGUCUUCCCAGAGUUUGCAGCAGCUCAUUCUAACCUGGCCAGUGUCCUGCAGCAGCAGGGAAAACUCCAGGAGGCCCUCAUGCAUUACAAGGAGGCCAUCAGAAUCAGCCCCACGUUUGCUGAUGCAUAUUCAAACAUGGGCAAUACACUGAAGGAAAUGCAAGACGUACAGGGAGCGCUGCAGUGUUACACCCGUGCCAUCCAGAUCAAUCCGGCCUUUGCUGAUGCUCACAGCAAUUUGGCUUCUAUCCACAAGGAUUCUGGAAACAUUCCAGAGGCCAUUGCAUCUUACCGCACAGCCUUGAAACUCAAGCCAGACUUCCCUGAUGCUUACUGCAACUUGGCACAUUGCCUGCAGAUUGUUUGUGACUGGACAGAUUAUGAUGAGCGGAUGAAGAAACUUGUGAGCAUUGUGGCUGACCAGCUGGAUAAGAACCGCUUGCCUUCAGUGCACCCACACCACAGCAUGCUGUAUCCACUGUCUCACAGUUUCCGCAAGGCCAUUGCUGAGCGCCACGGAAACCUUUGCCUGGACAAGGUACACGCAGUGACCAAAAUCAAUGCACUGCACAAACCUGCUUAUGAGCAUCCGAAGGAUCUGAAGUCCAGUGGUGGACGUCUGCGUGUUGGUUACGUCAGCUCUGACUUUGGCAACCACCCUACUUCCCACUUGAUGCAGUCCAUUCCUGGAAUGCACAAUCCUGAGAAAUUUGAAGUGUUCUGCUAUGCACUCAGCCCAGAUGACAGUACCAACUUCCGUGUGAAAGUGGUAGCAGAGGCCCAUCAUUUCACAGACCUCUCUCAGAUUCCUUGCAAUGGAAAGGCAGCUGAUCGUAUUCACCAGGAUGGAAUUCACAUUCUGGUCAACAUGAAUGGAUACACCAAGGGAGCCCGAAACGAGUUGUUUGCCCUCCGCCCUGCUCCUGUUCAGGCUAUGUGGCUGGGUUAUCCUGGAACCAGUGGAGCACCAUUCAUGGACUACAUUAUCACUGACAAGGAGACCUCACCUCUCGAAGUAGCUGAGCAAUAUUCUGAAAAACUGGCCUACAUGCCAAAUACUUUCUUCAUUGGAGACCAUGCAAACAUGUUCCCACACCUGAAGAAAAAGGCGGUGAUUGAUUUCAAGUCCAAUGGACACAUCUUUGACAACCGCAUUGUUCUUAAUGGUAUUGAUCUGAAGGCCUUCUUGGACAGUCUGCCAGAUGUGAAAGUGAUAAAGAUGAAGUGUGACAACAACCAGGAAGCUGCUGGGGACUCGAAUGGAGCUCUGUCCAUGCCCGUCAUCCCCAUGAACACAGCAGCUGAAGCAAUCAUCAACAUGAUCAACCAAGGCCAAAUCCAGGUCACAAUCAAUGGCUUCACUGUCAGCAAUGGCCUGGCCACCACACAGAUCAAUAACAAAGCUGCCACUGGGGAGGAGGUGCCACGAACUAUCGUUGUGACAACCCGCUCCCAGUAUGGUCUGCCAGAGGACUCCAUUGUCUACUGCAACUUCAACCAGCUCUACAAGAUCGACCCCCCUACUCUUCAGAUGUGGGCCAAUAUCUUGAAGCGUGUGCCCAACAGUGUGCUGUGGCUUCUUCGUUUCCCUGCUGUGGGGGAGCCCAACAUCCAGCAGUACGCUCAGAAUCUGGGCCUGCCGGGCUCUCGCAUCAUCUUCUCUCCUGUGGCCCCAAAGGAGGAGCAUGUCAGAAGAGGCCAGCUGGCUGAUGUGUGCCUAGACACUCCACUAUGUAAUGGUCACACCACAGGCAUGGAUGUUCUCUGGGCUGGAACACCCAUGGUCACCAUGCCAGGUGAGACCCUUGCUUCCCGUGUGGCUGCUUCACAACUUAACUGUCUGGGGUGCCCUGAACUAAUAGCCAAGAGUCGCCAGGACUAUGAGGACAUAGCAGUCAAACUUGGAUCUGACAUGGAAUACCUGAAGAUGGUCAGAGCACGUGUUUGGAAGCAGCGAAUCUGCAGCCCCCUUUUCAACACCAAGCAGUACACAAUAGACCUGGAGAGGCUCUACCUGCAGAUGUGGGAGCACCACAGCAGUGGCAACAAACCUGACCACCUGGUCCAGACAGUAGAGACCAGUGAGAAUGCCUGAACUAUGAGCACCCUGAUUUCCCCAACCACAUCCAGCCCUCCCCAUCCUUUUGUUUUUUGUUUUUUUUUUUUUGUUUUGUUUUUUUUUAAGCACCCUAGCUUGGAAUGAUUCGUUUUCACUCGGGCCUCCUCCUGAUGGUCUCAAUUUCUCUCAUACUGUUAAUGGGACUCUUUAUUUGUAAAGGAGCCAACAGAUGUACACAUUUAGCCCUCAUCAUGUUUGUUGUUACAUCACACAUCUGCAUUUACUGAGCUAGAUUGAGCCUGAGACUUUCAGGACCUCUUCUGAGACUCUUGUCCUAAAGCAGUAUAUCUGGUGAGCAUGAGAGGAUUGUGAAUGCCUUGCUUACCCCCUCACUACCUGGAUCUGUGGAUUUUUUUUUUUCCCCUCAGUGUGCAUACAGGACUAAUUGCAGAUUGUGGAGGGAAUGCCCAGCCAUCAUUACUUGUUGAUCUAUUUAUAGAUGGAUUAAGAGUGUUGUGUGUUUUAAAAGGACAAUGUUGCACCAUGAACAUUGUAACUGACUCAAGUUUCAUCAGCUUUAACAUGCAAUUGUUAAACAUAGGUUGCAACUGCUCUUUAGUUUGUCUGAAACUGUUAUUAAAUCACUGAGAAGAGUAGAUGUUUUGAGGAACAUGGUCUAUAUGAAGACUCCUUCUCCUCACCCAAAUGCCAACUUUUAUUAAUUUUGUUGUCAAAGAAUAUGUUCAGUAGCUGUUGUCCUGUUUGAUGUCACAUUAUCCUUGUAAAAAUGAUUGGACAAAGCUGAACAAAGGAGUUUAAUUGGAAAGGGUCUAAAUUUAAGUUAAGAUGCUUGAGCUAUUCACAAAUUGAUCUUGUGUGGGAUUUUUAAAAAAAAAAGAAAUCAAACCAGGAACAGCGCGGUAAGUAUUUUCUAAGCAGUUUUUCUUUUUGUAUUGUUCUUUAACUGUUUGCUGUCAAUGAUGCCAUAAGGCUCUAAAUAUACUAAAAAAAUAAAGAGAUGGCAAAACUUA